CAACUGGAUAUACUAUUUAUAUACAAAUAACGUAAACAUGUCGGACUGGGAUUCUGUUACUGUGAUUGGACAAAAGGCUAGAGUCGGCGGCGGCGGUCCACGUGAAACCGUGGCCAGAACCUCGGCUCAGUUGAACGCCGCCAGAAGAACUGGUGCCGUUGUUGGAACUGAAAAGAAGUAUGGUUCCACCAACACUAGAUCCAACCCAGAAGGUCAAAGAUUGACCAAGUUGGAUGCCACUGAUGAUGUGGUUGCUGUCAAGAAGCUCGACUCUUCUGUCGGAAAAGCUAUUCAACAAGCCAGACAAGAAAAGAAGUUUACGCAAAAGGACUUGGCCACCAAGGUCAACGAGAAGCCUAACGUCAUCAACGACUAUGAAGCCGGAAGAGCUAUUCCAAACCAACAGCUUUUGGGCAAGUUGGAGAGAGCUUUGGGUGUCAAGUUGAGAGGCAAGAAUAUCGGAGAACCAUUGUUCGCCAAGAAGAAGUAAGAUAAGGAUUGCUUUGACAAUUCAUAUUCACACGAAAGGGCAGAAGUAAUUUUGGUAGUUUGGUUUUUACGUCAGAUUUGCAAUUUUAUAAAAACAUUUUCAACCAUCUCAAAGAUAGUUGAGAAUGCUUAGCUGCUCAUGAUAAUGACGGGUUUACAGACUUAUUAGGUAUUUCAUUUACGUAACGUUAUUUUUUGCUUUUUUUUGGUUUUUCUCUACUGCCAUGGUGGUUAUGUUGCAUUUCUUUAUAGUUGUAUAUAUCGUAUAAAUGGCUCUGUG